AUGUCAGCGUUCAUGGAGGUCGUUUCCAUUGCUGUGGUGCUAUUCCCAGCGGUGAUCAUCUCUACCAUGAUUUAUCGACUGUACUUCAGUCCGCUGUCUGGGUUUCCGGGUCCAAAGCUUGCAGCCAUUACGGGGUUGUACCAAGCCUACUACGAUAUCUGCCAUCGGGGGCAGUACAUCUGGAAGGUGCAGCAGAUGCACGAGCAAUAUGGCCCCAUCGUCCGCAUCAACCCGCAUGAGAUUCACGUCAACGACCCCGACUUCAUCGAGAUCCUCUAUACCGGCCCUCUUGACAAGCGAGACAAAGGACCCCUGAUGAAAGGUUUAUGGUCAUGGCGCCAAUCAACCCUCGGCACCGAAUCGCACGAACUCCACCGCAGAAGACGCGCAGCCCUGAGCCCGAUCUUCUCCAAGGCCGCCGCUAGAAGGCUCGAGCCGGUCAUGCAAAGGGUGCUGCGAGACUUGCUUCAGCGCAUAGAAUCAUACAGGAAAUCGGGCGAGCCAAUGCCGUUGACGACGGCGUUUAAAGCUGCCACGAGCGAGGUCAUCACCACUCUGCUUUUUGGACAAUCCGAGGGCGAUGUGCUAAAGGAUGAAUUCAACCGCGCGUUUGGGGCUGAGUUUGAGCGCAGCUUGGAGAAAGCGCAUCUUUUUGCGCAUCUGCCUUGGAUAGCGGCUGCGUUUGAUUCUUUGCCGUUUUGGUUGCAAGGUAGGGUUGUUCCUAAACUAAAGACUCAGGUGUCUAUGCAUGAGAAAUGGGCGUCGAAAUUCCAGGAAGUAGAAGGAGAACCGACUACGAAAGAUAGCAAAUAUCGCACGAUCUUCCAUCUCCUUCUCAACGGCAAACUUCCUCAGCCGGAAAAGGAACAACUGAGACUCAUCCAUGAGAUACAUACUCUCCGCAUCGCGGGCGAGCACUCGACCGCAAUGGCAAUGUCCUCAGUCAUGUUCUACCUCUUGCAGAAUCCCACCAUGUACAGAAAGCUCCAAGCCGAACUGACUGCCAUGAUCCCGGACCUAGACUGUACCCCAACCGUCGCCCAGCUGGAACAGAUUCCCUACCUCAGAGCCGUGGUCAAGGAAGCCCUCCGACUUCACCCGGGGGUCCUCUACCGCAUGCAACGAGUUUCCCGCGACCCGAUGGUCUAUACCGACAAGCGGAAUGGGGCCAGCUGGUCCAUCCCGGCCGAAACACGCGUUAGUAUGACGCCGCUCCUGGUGCACAUGGAUCCGGUGGUCUUUCCGUCUCCGAAAUCGUUUGUGCCUGAGAGGUGGACUGGGAAUCCAGGACUUGAGAGGUACUUGCUUUCGUUUUCGAAGGGGAGUAGGAUGUGUAUUGGUAUCAACGUGGCGCACCACGAGAUGUACACCAUCCUCUACGGAAUCGUGCGGAACUGCAACCCUAACCAAGGCCCCGGUGCGAACGACCAAGGUCAACCGACCCUGUCUCUGUUUGACACCGUUAGACAAAGAGACGUGGAUGCUUCCGCAGAGUUGUUCUUUUCCCGUCCUCAAAAGGGUAGCCAGGAGGUGAGAGUGUUGGUUAAAUGA